AUGGAGGGCAUUCAAACCCACCCGUCCAACGCGGCGCAGGCCAAGGCCUUCACUGCGCCUGGCUCGCUAUCCUUCCCCGGCGCUUCCAACGAGCUCACGCCACCUGGCGGUAACGGUGAUGCUUCCCAGCGUCCUCCUCUGCCUGGCCAGCCUGCAGCCAACGGAAAUGGGGUGACUCCCGCAACGCCUGCCGCUACUCCUGCUGCUACGCAGGGGCCUAGUGGUAUUACUCCUACUCUGCAGAACAUUGUCGCCACGGUGAACCUCGAUUGCCGUCUGGACCUCAAGACAAUUGCUCUACAUGCCAGAAAUGCCGAGUAUAACCCAAAGCGUUUUGCGGCCGUCAUUAUGCGUAUCCGUGAGCCCAAGACCACGGCCCUCAUCUUCGCCUCCGGCAAGAUGGUCGUCACUGGUGCCAAGUCCGAGGAUGACUCCAAGCUUGCUUCUCGCAAGUACGCUCGUAUCAUCCAGAAGCUCGGCUUCAACGCCAAGUUCACCGACUUCAAGAUUCAGAACAUUGUCGGCUCCUGCGACAUCAAGUUCCCCAUUCGUUUGGAGGGUCUUGCCUCGCGCCAUCACAACUUCAGUUCUUACGAACCCGAGUUGUUCCCUGGUCUGAUCUACCGCAUGAUUAAGCCGAAGAUUGUGCUUCUGAUCUUCGUCUCCGGCAAGAUUGUCUUGACCGGUGCUAAAGUGCGUGAGGAAAUCUACCAGGCUUUCGAAAUGAUUUACCCUGUGUUGCAAGACUUCCGCAAGGUCUAA